UACUUCACAACUAAGCACUUGCACCCACUAUAUAUAUAUACAUACAUAUUUAUAUUACACCAUCUAAUCAACACAAAUAACCAUGGCGCUAAUUUGGCAGAACAAUCUUUUACUGGUUCUUCUCUCAUUGUUUUGCAUGGCAAUGGUGGUUUCUUCACACGACAGGCAUUAUACUACCCCUAAUGUUACUCGCCUCACAGAUUACUUCUCUCAUGUCUCCGUUAAUCAAGCCUUCUCAAACUUUUUUGGGGGCAAAAAUAUUCAAGUUAUCAGUAAUGGAUCCAUGGCUAGACUUGCUCUUGACAAAUCUUCAGGCUCUGGAUUUCUCUCAAAGAACAAAUAUUACUAUGGAUUCUUCAGCGCUGCAAUUAAGUUGCCUGCUGGCUUUUCCUCCGGAGUUGUUGUGGCAUUCUAUUUGUCUAACUCAGACACUUAUCCCCACCACCACGACGAGAUAGACAUUGAACUUCUGGGUCACGACAAGAGAGACGACUGGGUUCUUCAAACAAAUAUAUAUGCAAAUGGAAGUGUAAGUACAGGAAGAGAAGAAAAGUUCUACUUCUGGUUUGACCCAACUCAACAACACCAUUACUACAGCAUCAUCUGGAACAGUCACCAUAUAGUGUUUCUAGUGGAUAACAUACCAGUUAGAGAAUUCCCAAACAGAGGUGCCUUCUCAUCAGCUUAUCCAUCAAGGCCUAUGUCACUGUACGUGACGAUCUGGGAUGGAUCUCAGUGGGCAACUCAUGGAGGAAAAUACCCUGUUAACUACAAAUACGCACCAUUUAUUGCUUCAUUUGCCGACAUGGAAGUCGGUGGCUGCACCUAUACUAAUAAUAACAAUAAUAAUCAUACAGUACAGGCAGUGAGUUCAUGUUCAAAGUCUGGUAUUUCGAGCUUGGACCCCAUUGAUGGACAAGACUUUGCUAGCUUGUCAAAGCAACAAGCUUUGGCUAUGGAUUGGGCAAGAAGAAAGCUCAUGUUUUACUCUUACUGCAAAGAUACUUCCAGGUAUAAAGUCAUGCCACCAGAGUGCAAAUAAUUUUAUUUUAAUUUCUUUUUUGUUUAAUUCUUUCCCUCUUGCAGGAGGAAAUGAAUAAAUAGUGAAGCAAAUUUUUGGAUAUACAAAUCAUUGAUUGUAAUCCUACUUGUUUCUAACUCUGUCUUGGAUAUACAAAUCAUUGAUUGUAAUCCUACUUGUUUCUAA